AUGUCUGCUGUCAGGAGAGCCCUGCGCAUAAUCGAGCUUCCUGAGAACGAACGGGGUGACCGCUGGAGCAAUGAAGACAUCCGACCAGUUCCUCCCGAACGACAGACCUGGGGCCCGCUCCAGUUCGUGGAAUUGUGGUUUCUUGUCAACCUGAACAUAAGCACCUAUCAAACCGGGUCGUCUUUGAUUGCUACUGGCUUGACCUACUGGCAGGCUAUCAUUGUCAUCUUGAUUGGAAAUGCUCUUGCAAGCUUUUUUGCUGUUCUAAACUCAGUCUCGGGCGCCGCAAGCCACUUGGGCUUUCCCAUUGUUUCAAGAAGUGUCUGGGGGAUGUGGGGAGCAUAUUUUCCUAUUCUCAACCGGAUCUUAACGUCAAUCACCUGGUAUGGAGUCCAAGCCGUCAUUGGAGGGAAGAUGAUAUAUGUUUGCCUACGCUCAAUUUGGAUGGAUCUGGACGAGCGCAUUCCCAAUACUCUCCCUUCGUCGGAGGGGAUCACAUCUGCACAGUUCCUGGGAUACUUCCUCUUCAACGUCCUCUGCUGCCUUUUCAUCUGGUUCAGACCCGGACAACUCCGUCCCUACUUCCACGUUGGAUCUUUCGUUGUUGCAGUCACCCUUUUUAUCCUACUCGGCUGGGCUGUGGGAACCAGCCACGGAUACGGCAGUGUCUUUAAUUCAAAAACCACAAUUUCCUCGACCGAACUGGGUUGGCAGAUGAGCGGAGGUGUCAUGUCGGUCAUUGGAAGCAUCGCUUCAGGUAUCUUGAACCAGAACGACUUCACCAGGUUUGCAAAGCGACCUAGCCAUGUCACCUACACGCAAGCAUUCUCAUUCAUGUUCACGAGCUCUGUCAUGGCCAUUGUGGGUGUUGUGGUUACCGCAGCGACACAGAAUCAAUAUGGCGGUGGCACGCCUCUUUGGGAUCCCUCUGCGCUAUUUGUGGCAAUCCAGGACCAACAUGGCUCUGGAGGUCGAGCUGCUGCAUUUUUCCUCGGUGUCGUCUUCAUCAUCUCCCAGCUGUCUAUCAAUGUCGUUGGGAAUGUUCUUGCUGGUGGCCUCGACGUAGCCAGCGUGUUUCCCAAAUAUAUCAACUUGAGACGUGGAGCUUAUAUCCUUGCAGUUCUUAGCGUGGCCCCGGUUCCUUGGAAACAACUGGCUUCGGGCUCGACGUUUUUGUCCGUUCUUUCAGCCUAUGCUGUUUUCCUGGGCCCGAUGAUCGGGUUGCUUUGCGUCCACUAUUGGAUCAUCCAAAAGCGACUCUUCCAUAUCCCUGACUUAUACGAGGGGUCCAAGAAGUCCUUGUACUGGUACACAUACGGCACGAACUGGCGCACGUGCGUGGCCUGGAUUUGCGCCGUUGUACCUAGCAUGCCAGGAUUUGUCCACGCCGUAAACCCAUCACUCACGGUUGGAACUGGCGCUACUCGGAUCUUCUCUCUUUCCUUCGUGCUUGGGUUUGUCCUUGCCGCCAUCAUUUCCUACUCGUUACAUUGGAUUUUCCCUUACCAAUAUCCUACGACUACCCUCCUUGAGUCGUUUAUCGAUGGUCAAGAAGAAGGGCAGACAGGUUCAGAGUCUGGCGGAGCGAACAUCGAGACUGUUCAUGUUUCAGAGUCAAAGGUUAUGCCUGAAAAGGGGGUAUAUGACGCUUAA